AUGCCUGGGCCCUCCAACAACAAGAAAAGAGCCCGCGGUCGCGCCAAUAACUACAAACGCAAGAGCACAAAUCUGCCCAAGCCACAGCCUACACGCUUCCACGGCAGUACCACUCCCAGCCCACCGUCAUCGCCAUCGCCACCUUCCCCCAAGACUCCUCCUCCCCUCUUGGCGUUCGAAUUACCCUAUGAGCACAAGAAGUUGUGUCCAGUUCUUGAUGAGGAGGUCUCGCGAACGGUGGAGGAGGUGAUGUCUCAGCCACCUUUCAUACAUGACCCUGGUAAUGGGCCCCGUGUCCGCGAUGCACGCGCAUUUAUGGGCUCGUUUUUCGCGCAGCCGCCCUCUUUAGACGAUCCUUUGUGUGCUGAGUUCGCCCAGGAUGAAGUUCUGCAGAUGUUGUCUACAGUGUUGCCGGAAGAGACUGCUUUGAUUUUGUGGUACAACAAAAGCCGCUCAAAAAGUCGAAUAUGCCCAUCCUGCCAACGACUAUACCGCCUCGGUGAUGCAUUACAAGACUUGGUCGAUGAAGAUCCAGAGCCAGACAAACCACGGUCACCCCAAUUGCUCCUGGAGCAAGAAAUUAGCGGGCUCUGUUCUCCGGUUUGCUUCGUCCUCGCGUCGUUCAACUACCCCAGCGCCAUCAAGUUGGCAUGGGGCAGGAUGGCAGACGAGAUGGAUGAUUCGACAUGGGAGUUGCUCAAUGGACCUGGGGUCGGAGUCGCCGAGAAUGAGACCAAUCGAACGCUUGGCAUGCUCGUGAGGAUGACGAGACUUCAUGAUUUGGGUCUUGCUCAGCUCUGCUUUGGGGUUGAGGAAGCGUCGCUUCUCCAAGUUGCGCAGUCGGAGUUGGCCUCCUUGUCAAUAUCGGAUUCGUGA